AUGUUACUAAUCACAGAAGAUGAACACCUCCGGAGCGGAAAUGAUUAUUUUCUGAUAUCUCCGAUAUUUUAUUUGUCGAAAAAUACCCGAGUCGAAAGGCGGAUAAAAAUGUUGAAUGUAACAGUACAAACCCCUCUGGGCACGACUCACACAAUCGAAGUUCAAGCAACCGACACGGUAUCGGAUUUGAAAAAGAAAAUCUACGAUAAGGAACUGGUUCGCGCGGAAAAGCAACUUUUACGCGUGGAAAACCUGGAAUUAUCCGACGACACCAAAAUCUCCGACGCCCAUAUCGGUCAAAACAUCGUAAAAUUAGUCCUAAAAAACUGAUGUAUCGAUAAAUCCAACGAGCGGAAUAAAUUAGUAUUUAGAAGUGCGAUUAAUUUC